UGUUGUUUGUGCAUAUGUUUGAUGAUCGGUCAAUUUUUCAAAUUUAUUAAAUAUCACCUUACCAUCAUCAUCACUAUUAUUAAUAUUUUGUUUUUAACGUUCCUAUGGAGACCAGUACGGUUUCAAGUGGCAAUCCUGCUCUGAUGAUUUCGACAACAACUGUCGAUGCAACAACAACGGUCAACAAUAAUAAAUCACCAUUAAAUAAUUCGUUGGAUACCGGUCAAAUGCGUUCAUCAUCAUCAUCAACAACAACAUCACCAUUCACACCAAAUUCUUUUCCAUUACAUAAGAAUUCAUCAUCAUCAUUGAUGUCUUCUUCAUCUUCUCCACCAGCAGCAGCGACUGCUAUAUCACCGUCAUUAUUGAAUGAUACAAGACUAUCACCAGAUAAAGAAUCAUCAUUAACGAUUGAUGAUCAACAAACAUUAUCCGCUUCAUUGAAUAAUGAUGGUAAUGAAAGUGUAACCAGUUCAUUAAGUGAUGUUGAAACAUUCAAUGGUAAAAUAGUAUAUAAUCCGGAUGGUUCUGCAUACAUUAUUGAAGGUCCCGAUUCGGAUGGUAGUGAAGUUGAAGCGGAAAUAAGCCAAGAAGGCAGUAUUAUUGAUGCUCGUGGACAAAGUCCAAAUUAUGGUUCGAUUUCAUUUCCACAAAUUGUAUCCGCAUUUCAUAUAUCACGUAGCUCAGCAGCAGCAGCCGAAUUAUAUUCAUCAUUAUGUGGCGCAGCAAAUUUAUCAUCAUUAUCAUCCUCGUCAUCAACAGCAGCAGCGAAUAUAAUCGCAAAUGAAACGAAAACAACCGAAGUGCCAGUUAUGCACAGUUAUCGGGUAUUCACAUUACGUAAUAAAAAAUCCCAAAAUACUGACGAUAACACGAAUGGCAGCAAUGACACUGAUAAUGAUGAUGAUGAUAAUAAUAAUUUCAUUGAAAAAUUCGAACAAGAACAAGAAGAAUCUGUUUCAUUGAAACAAAAUGCUGCCAAUAGUAAUAAUAAUUGUCCUUCAGUCCCGGUCAAACCAAUAUUAAUGUGUUUCAUUUGUAAAUUAUCAUUCGGUUAUACUAAGUCUUUCGUUGCACAUGCCAUUGGCGAACAUCAUCUGGCAUUAAAUGAUGAUGAAAAACGGAUACUACUUUCUUCCAGAAAUAUAUCGGCAAUAAUACAAGGUGUUGGAAAAGAGAAAGAACCAUUAUUAUCAUUUUUACAGCCAAAAUCAUCUUCACCGACACCAUUUAGGACCUUGAAUCAAUCACAGCAACAACAGCAACAAGUUGAUGCUCAACGAUUACUUGCCGUGCAAAUGGCAGCCGUUGCAUCAGCAUUAUCUCGCUCAAAUAAUUUUUCAACAGUGAAUACGAAUACAAAUUCUUCUUCAAUAUCCGAUAUUGUGAGCCCAUCAUCAUCAAGUAGUCCAAUUAACCAAUCAUCAGAUCAUAAUAUGAAUGUUGAUGACAACAAUUCGGUUCAAAAAUCAUCACAGUCAAUCGAUGAUGAUGAUGAACAACAACAACAACAAAAAACAAAUAUCGCCAUUAAUGAUGAUAAUGAUAAAGAUUCUAGCCAAUUGAAAACAAUCGACAAUUUUGAUAAUAAUAAUAAAAAUAUCAAUAAUUCCAAUGAUGCUGCGUCACAAUUUGCAUCUGAACUUGCUGAUCUCGCUAAUUUAGAAAAAUUCGCUCAGGCUGCAGCUGUCGCUGCUGCUGCUCAACAACAACAACAAAUUGAUCUUCAUUCAAUCGCUGCUGUGAUGGCUGCGGUUGCCGCUUCCAAUAAUAAUAAAGUUUCCGGUCAAAAUCGUACACCUUCACCCGGUUCAAUGUCGACAACGACAUCAACAACAACAACAAAUAAACGUGUUACAUCACCGAAAAGCGGUAGUAUUAGCAAUCAGCAUCAAACAUCAUUAAUCAAUACAAGUCCAAUUACAAAUACAUCAUCAUUUAAUAAUCUUGGAUUACUUACUACUAAUGCUGAUAGUAAAAGCAUAUCAUCAUUAUUCAACAGUCAAUCUGAUGGUGAUACUUCAAAUCUAUUAGCAACGGUAGUGAGUAAUCAUGUAACACGAUCAACAUUAUCAUCAUCAACAACAUCCAAUCAUCCACCAUUAUUGAUGCAACAUUCACGUAAUUCAUGUAAAACAUUGAAAUGUCCAAAAUGUAAUUGGCAUUAUAAAUAUCAGGAAACAUUAGAGAUACAUAUGAAAGAGAAACAUCCGGAAAAUGAAAUGAAUUGUAUCUAUUGUCUUACGAAUCAACCACAUCCACGAUUAGCACGUGGUGAAACUUAUACGUGCGGUUAUAAACCAUAUCGUUGCGAUGUUUGUAAUUAUUCAACGACAACGAAAGGAAAUCUUAGCAUCCAUAUGCAAUCAGAUAAACAUAUUAAUAAUGUUCAAGAAUUACAGAAUGGUAAUAUACCAGCAACAGCGACUGAGCAUUUAUUACAAUCUCAAGCAUUAGCGGCUGUUGUGGCACAAGCAUCAGCUGCGGCUGCUGUUGCCGCAAAUGCAGCCACCGCCAAUACAACAUCACCAAUUACGCCUACAACAUCCACGACAACAACAUUAUCAAGUUCACCAGUGUCAACACCAACAUCAGUUGCCGCUAUGGCCGUUGCUGUAGCCGCACAACAACAACAACAAGAUGCCAAAAAUCAACAACUUCAAGUGAAAAUGGUAACAGCUAAUAAUACGACUGGUGUUCAUACACCACCAUCUCAAACACCACCGACAACGCCCACCACUCAAAACAGCAAUAACAACAACAACAUCGGUAGUUCUGGCAAACAAAAAGCAACAUGGCGUUGUGAUGUUUGUAAUUAUGAAACGAAUGUUGCACGUAAUCUUCGUAUUCAUAUGACAAGUGAAAAACAUACGCAUAACAUUAUGGUACUCAAACAGAAUGUUACACAAAUGCAACAACUAAAUGCCAUUCAACAGGCCGGCAUAUUAAGUCCAGAAUUAUUGCAAUUGAAUCCGGGAUUUUUUGCCGCAGCAGCAGCAGCUGCAGCCGCUGCUGCCGGUAUGAACAAUAAUACCGAAACAAAUACGAAUGAUAAUAAUAAUGCUUCAAUGCAACCGGAAGUUGCUUUGGCUGAUAUGGCUUAUAAUCAUGCAUUAUUAAUGAUGGCCAGCCAACAACAACAACGAACAAUGGCCGCUUUAAUGCAACAACAACAAUUGCAACAGCAGCAGCAACAACAAACAAAUGAAUCGAAAUCAAUCAUGCCAAAUGGUUUACAGGCUACAUUCGAUAUGGAACAUACAGAUCCCAAUGUAGCAAGCAUAGCAAAUUCUGUACCAUUUGAUGAAAAUUGUCACCUUUAUCAUUGUUGUGUUUGUGGUAAUUUCAGUUCCGAUUCGAUCGAUGCAUUAAAUCAACAUAUCCAAUGUGAUCGUACACGAACCAGAGAAGAUGAAGUAUUAAUGUCGAUCGGUGGUAGUUAUAUUUGUAAACUUUGUUCAUAUAAAACAAAUUUGAAGGCCAAUUUUCAAUUACAUUGUAAAACUGAUAAACAUUUACAACGAUUACAACAUGUCAAUCACAUCAAAGAAGGUGUUAGCACUGGUGAACAUUUAAAGCUCAAACUUGUACAAAUGUCCAAUCCAAUACAAGUGUUACGUUGUAAUGUUUGUAAUUAUUAUACGAAUUCUAUACAUAAACUUCAAUUACAUUGUGCAAAUCCACGACAUGAUGUCUAUAGCCGUAUAUUUAAUCAUCUACAAAUCUCAGAGUUUAAUAUCUCAGGAAAUAAAUAUUUCUAUUGUACAUUAUGUUCAACGGCAACGGCAACAAAAAUUCAACUAAUACAGCAUCUAAAUUCAUUCAAACAUGUGCGAAAUGAAAAUCUUCGCCAAUUAAAACAACAACAAUCAACUACCGCUACUUCUACAAACACAACAUCGUCUAGUUUGAUUAAAGAUUCGGAUGAAGAGAUACGUGAAAUGUUUGUUGUUAAAGAAUUACGACCUGGUGAUAAAAUUAUCUUCGACAAUAAUAAUGACGAUGAUUACAAUAAUAUUGGCAAUGGAACAACAUUAUUCAAUAAUGAUUUAAAUGCUGAUCCAUUAAUGUUGAAAAAUGUUCUAAUGGAACAAUUCAAACUUGCUGGCCAACUAAAUCCGAAUAAUAGCAAUAAUAAUAACAACAACGAACAUGAAUCAUUAGCAAUCAAUUGUCCAUUUUGUCCAUAUUCAAAUACUUCUGAAUUACAUGUUCAAAUGCAUAUUUUAACUGCUCAUCAUCAACCACAAUCAUUGAAUGAUCAACAACAACAGAAUCAGCAACAAUCGACUACAACAACAACCACAACGAAAAAAUCCAACAACAAUACAGCACCACCACCAACAAUAUUAUGUCCAUUAUGUCAGGAACCAUUUAAUGAAAAGAAUCGUCUUGAAUGUCAUCUAGUCGAAAUACAUAAUGUUAAUAAAGAAGGCGUUCAAAGAUUAAUGUUAUUAGUUGAUACAACUGAUUCACAUAUGAAACAAACUAAUAGUGGCCAAUACCAAUGUUGGCGUAAUGGUUGUGGACAAACAUUCAAAACGAUUACAUCAAUACAACAACAUUUUAAAGAACAGCAUUUCGCCAAAUGUAUUAAGAUGAUGAAUAACAGUACUUCAACAACAACAUCAUCAUCAUCAUCAAAUCUGGCAUCGAAUGCUUCUGUUUCCGAUCGUCAUGUUUAUAAAUAUCGUUGUACACAAUGUUCACUUGCAUUUAAAACAUUUGAAAAACUACAGCUUCAUUCACAAUAUCAUUUGAUACGUGCAGCCACUCAAUGUGUCAUUUGUGGUCGUAGUUUUCGUUCGGUUGAAUCAUUACAAAAACAUGUGGAAUCAUCGCAUUCAAAUCUAAAUGAUGAUGAAUUGGAACAAUAUAAAGCUAAUUUGAUCAAUAAUCAACUGCUAUUUGCACUUGGUCGUAAUGGCGGUAUAUUGGAUCCUUCCACCACAGAAUUAUUGAAAAAAGAAUCCUGUCGUAAUGAAAAUGAAAAUGAUGAAUCAAUGGAUAUGGAAAACGGUGCCAUUGAUCUAGCAGCUAAUAACAAUAAAGAUCAUGAUGAUAACAAUCCAUUAUUGGAUAGCAUUAUGGAACAAACAUCUGGAUCAUCCAACAACAAUCUAGACAAUGUUUCGAAUGCUGCUGUCAACAUUUUCAAUGGUAAUGUUGAUAAUGCAAGUCUGGAAGAUUAUUUAAAUUCACAGCAUUUAGCCGAAGAUAAUUAUAAUGAUCCAAAUCGCCGUUUCAAAUGUCAUCGUUGUAAAGUGGCAUUCACACGACAAAGUUAUCUUACAUCACAUAAUAAAACAUUAUUACAUCGUAAAGGUGAAAAGAUGAGCUAUCCAAUGGAAAAAUAUUUAGAUCCAAAUCGUCCAUUUAAAUGUGAAAUAUGUAAAGAAUCAUUUACGCAGAAGAAUAUUCUACUUGUUCAUUAUAAUUCUGUAUCACAUCUACAUAAAUUGAAGCAAAGUAUGAAAGAAAGUAGUGCCGCUGUUGCGGCUUCAGUUGCUGCAUCCAAUAAUGCUAAUAAUACAUCACCAACAUCAACCAUCAGUGAAUCGAUGAACGAAGAUGAUAAUAAUGAAAAUAAGUUGUACAAAUGUAAUCUAUGCAAAGUUAGCUAUUCAAUGGCAUCAUCUCUACAUAAUCAUUUACGAUCAUCAUUACAUCAUCAACGAACAUCUAAACUACAUGAAUUGGCUCAAAGUGGUCAAUUGGAUCUAAGUUUACCAUUGAUCGAACCACUUAAUCAUAAUGAUAUGAACAUCAAUAACAAUUCAUCAUCAUCGAAAAUCAAUUCAACAUCGGUGGAAACAAGUGCCAAAACAAGUUCACCUAGUCCGAAUAUGAAUAAAUUUCCUGAAAUGUUGAUGGCCAAUCUUAAUGAACAACAACAGCAACAACAAGCUUUAGCUUUUCAACAAGCAGCACUUAAUCUUGCAUUUGCUGCCGGAACAAAUCCAAAUCAAACUGGUUCAACACUUGAUACUAAUCAAACAUCAUCAAUAAUGAAUGGUAGUAACGGUGGUGGUAGUCAAUCACCAUUUACCUGUGUAAAGUGUGGUGCAUCAUUUAUUUCACAAGAAGCACAAAUUCAACAUCAACAAUUAUGUGGUCUAUUCGGUAACAUAACCAAUGUUGCUAAUAUGCAAUUGUUUGCAGCACAACAACAAGCAAAACAACAACAACAAACUGUAUUGUCUAAAUUAUCUAAUCUACAAGGUCCAUUAUAUAAGAAUAAACCACAAUUAUAUAAACAUUUACUUGAAACAUGGGGAUUUGAAAUCGUCAUGCAAUUCAAUGAAAGUAAUCAGAAAAAUAAGAAAUCGGAUGAUUGUACCAACAAAGAUGAUAAUGAUAAUGGUGAUGAUGAAGAAAAUUUGGUAGACAAUGAUGAUCAACAACAACAAUCGAAAAAUAAUGAAAAUGAUGAAUCAACGGUUCAAAUCAAAUCCGAUCAAUCAAUCGAACAAUCCGAUGUUGAUGAUCCGAAUCAAACAACGACAAACAACAAACAAGAAGAAAACAAUUCAAUGACCGAAACAAUAAAAGAUGGGAAUGAAAAUGUACCACCAGAAAUUAACAAAUGUCAAUGUGAAAUUUGUUUCAAAGAAUUCUCCUCAAUAUGGGUAUUGAAAGCACAUCGUGAAGAAAUCCAUAAAGAUGUUAUACCAUUAGAUGUUGUCGAAUCAUUUGCCGAUGAAUAUCGUAAUGAAUAUGAUCGUAAAUUUUUCGUUAAUGGUAAUGUUGAUGAUGAUGAAGAUGAUGAUGCCAUUAAUGAAGAUUCAACAGCCAACAACAGCAAUAAUGAUACUGUUAAAUGUAACAAGACCGAAUCGAAACGAAAUAAUAAUGUUUCAAUCGAUAAUCCAUCUACUCAAUCACAUCAUGAAUCAAUGAAUCAAUCAGCAAAUUCGAUUGGAGAAUCAUCAAACAUGAUUACAGCCGAUCAAAUGAAUCAACUUGCCGCUGCAGCCGGAGCAAAUAAUCUUGCUCAAUUAUUACCUAAUCUAUCUCCGAAUGCAACACCAGCUGAAAUUGCCGCUGCAAAUCAAAUGGCAGCACACAUUCAAUUCAGUCAAUUGUUGAUGGGUAUGGGAUUAGCUGGUAUGGCUGCCGGAAUGCCAAUGCCUCCCGGUAUGAAUGUACCGUUUGCUGCGGCUGCCGCCAUGGGUAUUCCACCACAAUUAAUACCGGUAAUGAUGGCUGAUCCAAUGAUGGCUGCUGCAGCUGCAUUCAAUAAUCCGGCAUUAGCAGCCGCUGCUGCUGCAGCACAAUUGAAUCAAGUACAACAACAACAACAAGUUGUAGCACCGAAUACAAAUUCAACACCGGGAACUCCAUCACCGGUUUCAACAGCAACAUCAACAACACCGGUAAUGCCAAUUCAAACACAAGUCAACAAUUCACAAACACUAAAUCAACAAACAGCUGCUGUUGCUGCAGCUGCAGCGGCGGCAGCAUCAUCCGUUUCUCAACAACAAAAACGUGCUCGAACUCGCAUUAGCGAUGAACAAUUAAAAGUAUUACGACAAUAUUUUGAUAUAAAUAAUUCACCAACUGAAGAACAAUUAAUCGAAAUGAGUCAAAAAUCUGGUUUACCAAUGAAAGUAAUUAAACAUUGGUUUCGUAAUACAUUGUUUAAAGAAAGACAACGUAAUAAAGAUUCACCAUAUAAUUUUAAUAAUCCACCAUCAACAUUUUUAAAUAUAGAUGAAUAUGAAAAAACUGGUGAAACUAAAGUAUUUACAUUGGAUGAAUUGAAAAAGACCGAAAAUAAUGCCAUUGUUUCUCAACCAAAUGAUUGUGGUGGUGGUGGUAAUGAUCAUAAAGAGAAUGCUAACAACAACAGUAACAACAAUAAUAAUAAUAAAGAUAAAACAAAUGAUUCGGAAAGUGAAUGUGAUGGAAAAAAUUUAAGUGAUGUAAAAAGUUCAUCAUCAAAUAAAGAUACUGAUUAUGCUACUUCGGAUGAUGAAGAAAUUAAACAUCGAAAUCAUUCAUCAACAACAAAAGAAAUUAUUGAACAACAACAAUCAACAUUAAUGGAAUUUAGUAAUAAUGAAUUAUCCAGUAAUAAACAACAAUUAUCAUCGGCAAUUCAGCAACAUCAACAACAACAUCUAGCUCAAGAUUUUGAUCAGCUAAGUAAAACAAUGUCAUAUCAAACAAAUAGUCCACCACCAUCCGAAUCAUCAAUGUCAUCCGCUUGUGAAUCGAUUAACAAUAAUCCUACAUCAUCAUCCGCAUCAUUAUUUGCUGGCCUAACGAGUUUCAAUCAUAGUCUUGCAACAUCUCAUCAUCAAAGUCACAUUACAUCAUCAUCGCCUUUACAAUUUGCAUUGGAUGCGGCACAACGAUCACAAUUAGCUGUUGCUGCUGCAGCUGUCGCUGCUAAUCAAUCGAAUAUGAUGACAACACCACCGCCGAAUGUUAGUACACAUUCAUCGUCUGGUAAACGUGCUAAUCGUACACGUUUCACUGAUUAUCAAAUUAAAGUUUUGCAAGAAUUUUUCGAAUCGAAUGCCUAUCCCAAAGAUGAUGAUCUGGAAUAUCUUUCCAAAUUGUUGAAUCUAAGUCCUCGCGUUAUUGUUGUUUGGUUUCAAAAUGCUCGACAAAAAGCACGUAAAGUUUAUGAAAAUCAACCACCAACAACACCGGUCGGUGAAGAUGAUGGUUCAGGUCGUUUUCAACGUACACCUGGUCUAAAUUAUCAAUGUAAAAAAUGUUUACAAGUAUUUCAACGAUACUAUGAACUGAUCAAACAUCAGAAAAGUUCCUGUUUCAAAGAUGAAAAUCCAUUGGCCGCACAGAUUCGUAUGGCAGCCGAAGCACGUGCACAGGCUUCAUCACCAAAUGUAUCAACAUCACGUGAUUCGGCAACAUCCACACCAAUUGACUGUACACGAUCAAGUACGGCUACACCGGAAAAAAGUCAACUAAACAAUCUUAUGACAAGUCCGAAUUCAGUUUCAUCACCAUCAAGCCUAACGGGUAAUUCGAUAAAAACCAGUCCAAUCAUCAACAACAAUAAUGAAAGUCAAACAUUCCGGUGUGAUAAAUGUCCAUUGGUUUUCAAUCGUCUGGAUCUAUGGAGAGAUCAUCAAAUUGUUCAUAUUGUUAAUUCAAAUCUGUUUCAAGCAACGGCUAAUCCAUUCGGAUUAAUACAACAACUUGAAAAUCAACAUACUCCUCCUCCUCCUCCUUCUCAACAACAACAACAAUCCUCAAUGGCGAAUAGUCCACAACCAUCACCAAAUUCAAUGUUACAAUCGGGAAAUAAACGUAAAUUCAUCGAACCAACUGAUGACGAUGAUGAUGAUGAUGAAUCACGUGAUUUUGAUUCAAUGAGUGGAAAUGGUAAUAAUAGUAAUUCAAGCGAUCAAACACCACGUGAUAAACGUCUACGAACCACCAUACUACCUGAACAAUUGGAUUAUCUUUAUCAGAAAUAUCAGCUCGAUUCGAAUCCAAGCCGAAAAAUGUUGGAAAGUAUUGCGAAAGAAGUUGGAUUGAAGAAACGUGUCGUACAAGUAUGGUUCCAGAAUACACGUGCACGUGAACGAAAAGGACAAUUUCGUGCACAUCAACAAGUGAUCCAUAAACGAUGUCCAUUCUGUCGUGCAUUAUUCAAAGCAAGAUCAGCGCUCGAAUCACAUUUAGCCACUCGUCAUGCUGAUCAAUAUACGAAAGGUGAUAUUAAUAUCGAUAAUCUGCCUGAUGGUGAUCCAUCUGAAGAUGGUGAUAUUUCCGAUAUUGUUACUGCUAAUAAUAAUGCUGAUGGUUCACAAAUGGCCGAUGUAAUGAAACGAUAUGAAGAUUCAUUUAAAAAAUAUCUCGAUGAAUUAAAUAUUCAAGGAAAAGAUGGCGGUCAAUUGCCCACAGAGCUCGCCUUCAAGAUGAUGUCAGCCUUGACAACAGCAGAACAGCAACAAUCAGCCAACAAUCAUACACUAUUCAGUCAACAUCAUGAUAAUAAUAAUGACAAUGAUGAUCUAUCCAUUUCCACAGCCAAUUAUAACGAAAUUGUUAAUAAUUCUUCCAAUCAAUUUCAUCAUAACAGUCGAGAUGAUGAAGCAGCAACAACAAUCGACGACACAUGUUCAUUAGAUGCAUCAUCGUUAUCAUCGGAUUCUUCUUUUAUCGAUUCGGAUGUCGAAGAAGAGAUCGAUUUUGAUGAAAGUGUCAACAAUUCAACUGUUUUUGGUGGUACAACAUCGACAUCAUCAACAACAAAUAUGAUCAAAAAGAAUAAUACUCAUCAUAGUGGUAAAGUAAAAAUUACUAACAAUAGUAAACGAUUUCGUACACAAAUGACAACAACCAUGAUAAAAGUGAUGAAAUCAAUAUUUGCCGAUUAUAAAACACCAACAAUGUCACAAUGUCAAACAUUAGGUAAAGAGCUUGGUCUAUCCAAACGUGUCGUACAGGUUUGGUUUCAAAAUGCUCGUGCUAAAGAUAAAAAAUCGCGUUCAGCAACAAUGAUGAUGAUUAAUAACAACAGCCAUCAACAGGAACCGGAUCAACUAAAUCAAUCAUCAUCAUUAUCAUCUGAUCGAUGUAAUAUUUGUAAUGUAAAAUAUAAUCAAAAACAACGUAAACAACAACAACAAUCAAUGCAGGAACAUCUUUUCUCUAAAUCACAUAUUGAUCGUCUUAAGAAUCAGAUUGAUAUUAACAAUAAAAUUUAUCAUCAACAUCAUCCAACCAACAACAGUGAUGAUAAUGUUGAAGAUGAUAAUUCUACUGAUUUUCCUAUUGCAUCUUCAUUAUCAUCUUGUUAUCCUAAUCAGAAUCAAAUGAUUGAUAUGGACAAACAACAAGAAGAAGAAAUGGUAGCUGCACAAAGAUUUUUACAACAACUUCAAAUGAUACAGAAUCUUGCUUCCAUUCAACAGAAUAAUUCUGGUAACCAAUUUGGUAGUGUGAACAGUGGUAAUCUAGCCGAAUCAAUGACACAACAAUCACAAACGAAUGGAAAUGAUUGAAUAAUUCAACUCACAUCCCCAUUUCAAAAAGAAAACAAACUACUUAUUAUCAUCAUUAUCUCACAUCAUUCUACUUAAAAAAAGUGCUUCGGAUAUCAAUCAACACUCAACACUCCUUCCACAUUUUUAACCUUGUUUUAUUUUCACUUUCAAUUCUUUUCCAAAUAAUU